AUGUGCCAUGAAAUGUAUUAUAGACUAACUAGAGAUAGAUAAACAACAUUAUGUUAGACUGCAGUGCGGUUCCAACAGUUAUAAAAAUAUAUAGAUAUAUAGUAUAAGUAAAAAAAUUUGUUAUUGUUAAAUUGCGAUGCGGUGCGGGGGCGGGGCGGAUUAAAACACUCAAAUCCUAAGAAUCUUAUCGAUAGGUGAGGGCUGUCCCGGUUGAUAUUCACUAGAGAAUUAAAACAAACCGAGUAAAAGAAGAGCUUUCAGUCACACUACCAAAACCGCAAAAAGAAACAAAAAAGUGGAGAAGUUCCGGCAAACUGCGAGACGUUAAAACAAAGUUAAGACAAGACAACACUAGUUCACUGUUUUCAGGUAACAAUCCAUUAGCGACUUGCAUGCUGCUUAACGCCUCAACAACCAGCACCAUGCUUCUUAAGUGUAGAUUUUGGUCAGCUUUGCAUUUUCAAAAGUCUCUUCUUUUCUUGGUGAGGCCUCCCUCUACUUACCAAGCCUUCAAAAUCAGACACAUCAUAUUUGUUUUUGUACAUUUUUUAUAUUAAGAAUUAGAAAAUGGUGCGCACGUAAUUAAUACAUGGAACCCACAUAACAAAAAAACCUCUGAAUCAUUCUCAAAGAGUACAUCCAUCACUAAAAUAAACAAGAACAAAUCUUCAGAAAGACGAGCCACCCACUAAGACUUGACCUCAAAACAUACAAGCACAGAAAUGAAAAACUUAAGUACAUCCCUAUAAAUACUUUCAUAUCUACUACGUCUAUUUACAGAUUCAUACUCUAAAAAUGGAUAAUAAAACAACUCAAAAGCAGAAAACAAAAGAGAAGAGCAAAGGUAACAAAAACAAGACCAAGUUCGUGGGAGUUAGGCAAAGGCCUUCAGGAAAAUGGGUGGCAGAGAUCAAAGACACGACACAAAAGAUACGAAUGUGGCUUGGAACCUUUGAAACCGCUGAAGAAGCUGCUCGAGCCUACGACGAAGCUGCCUGUCUCCUCCGUGGUUCCAACACGCGCACUAAUUUCGCAAACCAUUUCCCAAACAACUCACAGUUGUCUUUGAAAAUCAGAAACCUCCUUCACCAGAAGCAGACCAUGAAACAACAACAACAACAACCUAAACAAAACAAACCCGUCUCUUCCUUUGCAGAAUGCGGCAUCAAUUACACUUCCAAUGCUACUACUCUCACCUCCACCACCACAACUACCACAGUGUUGCCGCUUAAUAACGUGUACCGCCCUGAUUCAUCGGUCAUAUCACAUCCAGAAGCCGACAGUGUCCAGCUUCCUUACACUUGGCCCCUUGUCUCUGGAUUCAACCAUCAGGCUCCGUUGGCUCAAGGAGGGGAAGAAGCACAUGGGCAUCUCAACAAUCAAAACUCAACCGAUCAACAUUUGGGUCUAGCUGACAUCGAAAGACAGAUAUCUGCAUCACUAUAUGCAAUGAAUGGAGCUAACGGCUACUAUGACAACAUGAGUACAGAGUAUGCGAUUUUCGAUCCUACUGAUCCCAUUUGGGAUCUCCCUUCACUCUCUCAACUCUUCUGCCCUACUUGA